UGUUCUAUUUUCUGCCUACUUGCUUUUGGGGCAAAUUCUGAUUAACGACCCUGCCCUUCGCUCUUCGCGUUGGCGGCGCUUGCUUUCGCUCUUUUAGCUAAAAAUGCUAAUGAACUCUCAACAAAGACAAAAAGACAGACAGACGUCGACGGCGCGUUGAUCUUGGUGGUUGCCUCAAAAAUUCACAAAUUUAUAUUAGCAACAACAAUUAAAAAUUUUCGUCUUUCAGUUGGAUUACAUUAACAAAUGCACGCGCCCAGUUAUAAACAAAUACAUACAAGCAGAGACAAUUAUACAUGUGUGUGUUAAGCAGUAAUUUAAGUUGUAAUAUACGUUUUAAACGCGACUGUUAAUUCAAUUAACAAAAAAAAAUGUCCAGUUGGAGUUUGGCAAGCGCUGUGUCGCCCACUGUAAGUGGUGACGUCAUUAGGCUUAACUCACUCAAAGCCGCAUCAGAUACAAAUAUUGCUAACCCAACAACAACAAUAACAACAACAACAGCAGAGCCAGCAACAGCAACAACAAAAACAGUGCGUCCCACCACACCAGUGCCGGCUAAAAAAUUUAUAACAAAACGUCCACCUCACUUGACACUGCGCACAAGCAGCAAAGCCCAUGAAGCGCCCCUCGCUGAGACAGAGAACGUUGUGCUCUCCAGCAGCUCCAUCUAUGGCACGCCCUUGAGUUCGCCCGAGAGCAGCGCCAGCGCCCAUAGCAACCAAACAAGCCAAAACAGCGCCAGCGCCGCCACUGGCAGCGCCUCCACCUCCUCCUCUGUGUUUCCACACGAGCACUACAAGGCGAUCAAAAAGAUUGAUAUUCAAUUUGAAAAUGUGCGCUAUAGCAGUAAAUUUGGUUUCAUUAAGCGAGAAAACAAAGAUAUACUGCUCGGUCUAACAGGACAGUUUCGAUCUGGAGAGCUGAGCGCUGUUGUUGGACCCUCGGGUGCGGGCAAGAGUUCGCUGCUUAACAUCAUCGCAGGAUAUACCUCCUUUGGCUACACCGGCGACUUUCGCAUCAAUGGCAAGCCACGCGACCUUAAGGCCUACAAGCCAAAUGUGGCAUUCAUUAAGCAGGACACAACACUGCAGCCAUUCCUAAGUGUCAAGGAGGCAAUGCACUUUGCAGCCAAUUUGAAAAUAGGCGAGCAUAUGACGCCGGAGGAGAAGAAGGAGCGUGUGCUAAGCAUUCUAGUGGCCAUAGGCAUGUUUGAGAAUCGCAACACGCGCACGGGUCAGCUAAGCGGCGGACAAAGAAAGCGGCUAGCAAUAGCGCUGGAGCUGGUUAGCAAUCCGCCAGUGCUGGUGCUGGAUGAGCCAACGACUGGCUUGGACAGUUCAAUGUGCAAUCAACUGAUAAGUCUGCUAAAGAAACUUGCCAUGGAGGGACGCAAUGUGGUGUGCACUAUACAUCAGCCCAGCGCUUUGACUUUAUCCAUGUUUGAUCAUUUGUAUGCCAUAGGCGAGGGCAGCUGCAUCUAUGCGGGGGGCACGCAGAAUUUGGUGCCUUUCUUAGGUGCUUUAAAUUUGCACUGUCCAGAGUCGUAUAAUCCAUUGGAUUAUUUAAUGGAAAUUGCUACGCAUGAUUAUGAUACCGAAGAUGAAAGUCAAGUGGAAAAGUUAAUAAAACUUAUGGACAAUGGACGCAAUGAUGACUAUCGUCAGAGCAGAACAGCGCGCGUGGCACAGCUGGCAGCGCUUAAAAAAGUUGAACAAAUGAUGGCCAGUGGGCUAAUGACGCCUGUAACUGCACCCAUAAUGUCUACUUCAAAGCAGUCCACCUUUAAUUUCAAGCCACUAACAACAAUCAAUGAGCUCUCCUCGCGCAUUUGGGAUAGCCAGGCUGCUGGGCUGGGCAGUCAGGAGACUGCAGAUCAGAAAAUCUCGGGCGGCAGCUGUUGCAAGCCAAAGAAAAAGAAACCCAAGCCGAGCAUGUCCAUGCCCACACUGGAUUUGGAUCCAGCGCAUUUAUGCAAACGUGAGAAUAUCUAUGCCACUUCGUUUUGGCGACAGCUUAACAUUCUGCUGCUGCGCACAUUUCUGCUCAUUUGGCGUGACAGCUCCUUGACCACCAUGCGCUUUGUUAUACACCUGGGCAUUGGACUGCUGAUUGGGUUUCUCUACUACGGCAUUGGCAAUGAUGCGGGCAAUUCUAUGAAUAUAUUUCGCUAUGCCUUCUAUACGAUUAUGUUUAUCAUGUAUUGCGCUUUUUCGGGCAUUUUGGUCAAGUUUCCUUUGGAGUUUCCCAUUGUCUCCAGAGAGCACUUUAAUCGCUGGUAUUCGCUGCGUGCUUACUAUGUAGCCAUUACUUUGGCCGAUCUGCCCAUACAAGUGAUUUGCAGUCUGCUGUUUAUUGUGCCCACAUAUUUGUUAACUCAACAGCCGCUGGAACCUUGGCGCUUUGGUUUAUUCUUUCUGAUUGUGUUCAUGACGGCGCUGGUGGCUCAAAGCAUUGGACUAGCAGUGGGUGCAGCAUUGAGCUUGGAUCUGGGCGCUAUACUGGGACCAUUCUUCAUUUGUCCGUUUCUCGCCUUCAGCGGUUUCUUUCUACAAGAAAAAGAUGCGCCUGUUUACUUAAGAUGGUUCUUCGACGUUUCAUUUUUAAAGUACAGCCUGGAUGGCGCCAUGCUGGCGCUGUUUGGCUACGAACGUGAGAAACUGGAGUGCAAUGACUUCUAUUGUCAUCUAUCGCGUCCCAAGCAUAUACUCAAGACACUGGACAUGGCGAAUGCCAACUAUCAGCUAUCAAUAUUCUUUAUGCUGGGACUGUUGGUCAUGCUGCGCAUCUUGGCCUUCUAUAUUAUGUCCUUCCGACUGAGAUUAUUCAGAUGAGAUUCAAGCGCAGCUGAGAUGCUCAGCCACAUUCCAUUCACAUUCGUUGUUAGCGUUUGACUUGGUUUUGUUUUUUAUUUAUGAUUUCUUAUAGCAUUUAAUACGAGAGAGAGUGAAGUAAACUAUGUGCCAAAGAAUUGAACAGCGUUUAGCAUAAGAAAAUCGUGAUAUAGUCCUUCCCCCCAAAACAAACAAACAAACAAAAAGAAAAGCAACACAAGCAACAUGCAACACCGAUUUUGUAUAUACAACACUUGUAUAUAUUAAACUUUUUUUUCUUAGCAUUGUAUUAAAGAGACAUCAGCUAAUGCUUUAGUUGUAGCACAUUAUUAUAUAUAUACAACUAUUUUAUGAAUAGCUCAAUGUGUUUGAGAUGUGAUUAAUUUUAAA